CUUGUCUACCUGCCCUCUUCCGCACAAAAAAUACACCAAUGAGAUAGCGUUCUUUCCCAAAGAUUUUACUCCCACUUCGGAAACUGACUAGAAUCUGUACAGUAGCUUCCAAUCAGAGGCUUCCCAAGGCUCCUUCUGGGGUUUAAAGUUAUGGUGGGCUUUAAGAAUAGAUACUUGGUGAUGGAGGUGUUUCUGGAUCCAAAUAAAGACCUUGCAGCUGAUGAACCCAUUAUUAUUACUCAGUUUAAUUUGUCCAAAGCCAUCAAAGAUAGCAUUCUUACGAAUUUUGGUGAAUGUGGCUUGGCCUCGUCGCUUAAUUCAUUUCAAGUAAAAUACGUGAAUCCUAUUACAAAGCUCUGUAUCAUCAGAGCCUCAAGGGAGGAUCAUCAAAAAGUUUGGGCUGCAAUUACCAUGGUUAGGAGUAUAGGGAAUUGCCCUGUGACUUUCAGCUUACUUGAUAUAAGCGGAAGUAUCAAUGCUUGCAAAAAAGCUGCUUUGAAGUGUGACGAAUUGAAGUUUGAGCAGUACAAGUUAAUGGCCCAAGUCCAAACAACAGAUGACAUCCUUCAGCAGAUGCAGAACUGUCUUGAAAAGAUCAAAGUCUUGGAGCACUAAGGCCAAAGGUGUUGCCUUCAGAUUUUCUCAUUUCUGUCUUUCCAACUUGGGAAGCCAUUUUGCUAUUCUACUCAUACCUCUCUUGGAUUGCCAGCUAGUUUCUACAUGUGGCUUUGUCCAUCAUUUAUACCUUCCCUCCUUUGAUACCAAAUUAAUAUGGUUUGAGCAUUGAUGUUGUAGAUAUUAGGCAUCUGUUUUACUUUUUCAUAAAAUCAAUUGUUAUCAUGUAGGUCGAAUUGCACUUUUUAACUGUUGGUUCAUACUGUCCACAGAGAAUUCAUUUUUCUAUACUUAAUCUAGUAUUCUCUUUUAAAA